AUGUUCUUCCAACCCAUUCCAGCUAAAGAUAAAAUCAGUUUUACGAAUAGAAUAGGUAAAAAGGAAACUGACACUAAAAUCAGGUUCAGAAAUGGUUUUUGUUGUGACGUUUUAACAUCGGUCGAUAUUCAAGAAAUAGUGAAAGCCGAUGGACGAAUUAUUAAAAUAUUAGAUGGUAUAGUUUACGAAGAAAAUUUUAAAACUCCACCCUAUAGAGAUUAUAUUUUAAUUUUGAGAGAUCUAAGAAAUAAAUAUAAACGAGAAGGUAAUAUCGUAGGUAGUAAUUGCAUGAAAUUAUUAGGCAAUUCAUUGUAUGGUAAAUCUAAUCAGAAGGAUAUAACUACAUCGAGACAUCUAUGGAGUGAAGCGACUUUAAAAGCCAACUUCGAUUCACAUCUUAUAAACUAUGAAAAAGUAAAUGAUAGUCAAUAUAUAGUUGAGAUAAAUGAAGAAGAAAAAGAAUUUGACUGUACACCUAAAUCUACACGACUAUCACCUAGUCAUUUGGGAUCAUUCGUUUUAUCUCACAGUAAAAAAAUAAUGAAUAAUUUUAUUCACGUGAUAGAUGGAUUUUAUAAGCCUGAAAUAUACUAUACGGAUACCGAUAGUUUAUACAUUUCGUCUAGCAAUUGGGAUAAAUUAAAUGAAG